AUGCCCCCUACUGAGUCUACACCAGGAGACAAAUCUGUAUCACAUUCUUGCACAACUCCUUCCACAUCCUCUGCCUCUGGACUGAAUCCCACAUCUGCACCUCCAACAUCUGCGUCAGCAAUCCCUGUUUCUCCUGUUCCACAGUCACCGAUACCUCCAUUACUUCAGGACCCCAACCUUCUCAGACAGCUGCUUCCUGCUUUGCAAGCCACACUGCAACUUAAUAAUUCUAAUGUGGACAUAUCCAAAAUAAAUGAAGUUCUUACAGCAGCUGUGACACAAGCCUCAUUGCAGUCUAUAAUUCAUAAGUUUCUUACUGCUGGACCAUCUGCUUUCAACAUAACUUCUUUGAUUUCUCAAGCUGCUCAGCUCUCUACACAAGCUCAGCCAUCUAAUCAGUCUCCAAUGUCUUUAACUUCUGAUGCAUCAUCCCCAAGAUCGUAUGUGUCUCCAAGAAUAAGCACACCUCAGACUAACACAGUCCCUAUCAAACUGAUUAGUACUCCUCCUGUUUCAUCACAGCCAAAGGUUAGUACUCCAGUAGUUAAGCAAGGACCGGUUUCACAAUCGGCCACACAGCAGCCUGUAACUGCUGACAAACAGCAAGGUCAUGAACCUGUCUCUCCUCGAAGUCUUCAGCGCUCAAAGUAAGUUCA